AUGGGCAUGUUUUCUCUGUCAGGAAUGAUGGACAACAACAGAUCCGGAGGUGAGCGCGUCACACCACGCGAGGAUCAAGUCCUUUAUUCGGAGAAAGGAGCACGAGUCCCGGUGUAUUGGAAGAGAGAAUAUCGGAGUAAGACUCCAACAGCUAUAUCUCCACUGGAAAUGCCAACUACAAGUCUACAAUUAAAUAACAACAACCCAUGGAAUCCCACAAAAUCCAUCACUCGGUGCUCCGCAGGAACGUACACUGCUAACCCAACCUGCCCAAUUCACAUCGCAAUUGGCAAUUCGCCGUCAGCUGGCAUCCAAAAUCCAGACACAACUGCCGCCACAAGCUCAAGCCCUAUCCUUACCAUCCCUUAG